UUCCGGUGUCGCUGCGUUUCGGCCCGACAGCAGUUGGGUCAACAUGGCGCGUGCUCUGAGUGUCCUGCUCGGGGCGCGUGUCCGUGCUGCUGUCGUCUCUCGCUGUGGGUUCGCGACCCAGGGGGUGGCAGGCCCGGGAUCUACCGGCCGCGAGCCGGACCCCGAUUCCGACUGGGAACCAGAGGAGCGGGAGCUGCAGGAGGUGGAGAGCGCCCUGAAACGACAGAAAAACGCCAUCCUGUUCCAGAAAAUGCGGAGGCAAAUGGAGCCGCGAGGGGCCCCGCCCAGGACUCUGACCAGGGAAGCCAUGGAGCAGAUCCGGUAUUUACAUGAAGAAUUUCCAGAGUCCUGGUCAGUUCCCAGAUUGGCUGAAGGCUUUGAUGUUAGCACCGAUGUGAUCAGAAGGGUUUUAAAAAGCAAGUUUGUGCCCACAUUGGAGAAGAAACUGAAGCAGGAUCAAAAGGUCCUUCAGAAAGCGGGGCCUGCCCACUCGCUCCGCCAGCUUCCAGGCCCUGGGGAUGCCCGGGAGCUGCUUUCUGCAGGCCACCCUGUGUCAGGAGCUGAAGCCUCAUCCCAAGGCCACGGUCACAGCACAGCUUUGAGGGUGACAGAACCGAAUACUCAGAGUACAAACACACCGAGGAGACAGAAGGGAAGGAAUAAAGGAGUCCAGAGCCUGGAGAAGGAAAGCUUUGUGCCUGUGGCUGCAGCCCCAGGUCAGCACAGAGAGCUGCAGAAGUACUCCACCAGUGGGUGUGAGGGCGCCAGAGGCUCUGACAGUGAUGGAUUGCCAAGUGCGAAGGAGCUGGAAGCAUGGAAGGCAAGAGAACUGGGUGAGCAGAACUUCAGCAGCAAGGUAGUGCAGAGGGGGCGAGAGUUCUUUGACGACAAUGGGAACUUCCUGUACAGAAUUUGAACUGGAGCCGCCUGGAUUUCUGUGUGUGGAUGGUCCACCUUGGAAAUGAUGAGCCUGAAAAUGGAAGGAGCCGCUUGGAUUUCAGUCUGACAAGGGACAGUGAACUUCACAGGGCAGAUGUGUAUGCGGGCAGCAUGAAUAACAGGCUAGGUGUAGUCUAGUUCCCGGAGCAUGGCUCCUGCUCUGACCCUGUGGAUAUUCAGUACUCACCCUUCUUGCUUAGGCUUUCUAUGUGUCGAAACCAGCCUGUGUCGCAUGUGUUAGGAGUUCGUUGUAUUUGCAAUAUGUGUUUGGGAGGAAUUGAAAAGUUUUCCUUCUGACAUCGUUUGUUUCUUGAUUAAUGAACACUAACAGUUCUGGAGCUGCUUAAUCAAUUGGUUGUAUUCAUUUUGCAAAAUAAAGUGAAAUGUAGCAGUC